GACAGACCCCGCUGCGAUAAAAUAUUUCCACCCCCUCACCUUAAAUCUCCGGCCGCCGGCGCUGCCGUCCGCUUGUUCUGCGUGACGCCGCGAGCCAAUCGGCGCGCUCCGCUCACCGCGUGAAAUGCGCCGCGCGCUCCGAACGCAGCCAGUCUGUCACCGACGAGCGCGCAGUGACGCCCGGGCCGCCCGCUCUCACUUUCGGGAGGGAGCGCCUGCAAUGACCCGCGUCCUCUGUGGCAGACAACAUGAUUUUCCUCGGGGUGCUGCUGAACGUCUUCAUUCGUGGCAGUGCCCAGGCCUCCGCCCCUCUCUCAAUGGCCUCAGUGGGCUGCCUGGAGGCGCAGGCCCGAUGUGCUGCCGAUACGUCCUGUAAGGCUGCUUACCAGAUCCUGACCCACUGUGCUUCCUCGGAGGUGGGCUCGUCCCUGACUGCAGAGGUGCCCCGCGAGUGCCUGGCGGCACAGGGCACCCUGUCCCAGCACAGCUUGCUACUGUCCUGCAAGUGCCGACGGGGCUCCCGCAGCGAGGAGCUCUGCCUCAUGGUGUACUGGACGGUGCGCUUUUCGCAGGGCUUUGAGGAGUACGACUCCUCCCCGUAUGAGGACUUGGAGAUGGAGCUGGUGAGGAGCAUCGAGAUGUCCCGCAUGUCCUCCAUCGUGGCAGCCUCGUCUCUGCCCCCAAAUGGGCAGAACCAGUGCCUAAAGGCGGCGCAGGACUGCGGCCUGUACGAGAAGUGCGGCUCUCUGCGCUCCGAGUACGUGCUCGCCUGCACCAAGCGCGUGCCCAGCUCCGAGCGCUGCAACCGGCAGAAGUGCCACCGGGCGCUGCGCCGCUUCCUGGAGCGCGUGCCCGAGCAGUACAGCUUCGGCGUGCUCUUCUGCCCCUGCACCGACACGCUGUGCGGCGAGCGCCGUCGCAAAACCAUCGUGCCGUCCUGCUCCUUCGAGGACCGUGACGGAAAACCCAACUGCCUGAGCCUGCAGGCACACUGCAUCAGGGAUGAGCUGUGCAGAUCGCGACUGGCUGAUUUCCAGCAUAACUGCCAGGUGUCCCCCUACUCGCCUCCCGACUGCCUGCGGGAGAGCAGCGCCAUGUGUCUGAAGGCCUACGCGGGGCUCAUAGGUACCAUCAUGACCCCCAACUAUGUGAGCAACAGCAGCAUGGAGGUGUCGCAGUGGUGCAGCUGCGAGGGCAGCGGGAACCAGUGGCAGGACUGCCUGCGCAUCCUGCACAUGUUCAGUGACAACGGCUGCCUGCGCAAUGCCAUCAGUGCCCUUGGAAGCUGGCCCUCCCGGUCGGUGGAGACCACGCCUUUGCCCCGCCCACGCCCGUCGCCACGUAUCCAGCACGAUGAGAUAAAUGGAAACGUCCUCCCCGAGCUCAAUGUGGUGGAAAAGAGUGAGGAGGAAGAGGAGGAGGUGGUGCAGGAGUCCCACGAGGAAGUAGAAGGGGAGUUCAACGUGAUCCAGCUGUAUUCGGAAAAAGGCACAGAGUCGAACAUGCACUCCGGGGCUUGGGGGUGGGCUGCUUCCCCCAGCCCGUCCCUGCUGCUGUCCCUGCUGCUGCUGCUGACUGACACACUGAGCUAAGGGGGGGAGGGGCAGCACAUGGAGGACCCCCGAAGCUCCGCCUCCACCCAACCCCUCCCCCAUAUUGAUGCUCAGAGAGGGAGAGCGAAUGAGGCAGCAGGCAGGAUGGAGGAAGAGGAGCGGAGAUGGACGGACUGAGGAAUGGCCUCACUUUGUGUGUCGUAUUGCUCUCUCUCUCUCUUGCGUGUAAUCGUCUCAUUCCCCGCUUUUCUCCCCACUGUUGGCGCCGGCGAUCGGGGCGACUGCGCCCUCCCCAAACAGACCGAUCAGCGCGCCUGCCUCUCCGCCUCCUCCAUCCGGCAUCCGGCUCCCAGACACUCAUCAGCGUUUGCCGUGCAGUGCGAGCGGGCGACUGCACCCCCCACACGCCAUCUUGUGAUUCUAUGUGUAAAAGUGCCGGGGCUGAAUGGCAGCCCUGUGGAAAAGCAGCACCCCCCUUUUCUCUCGUCUCCUGUCCGUUUUGCUGGUACACCCCCCCGCCCUUCCUGUCCUUGCCCUCUACAGGAGCGUCUGCCCUUUCACGUGGGGGGCGAUGCCAUGGGGUUUACAGCUGAUGUACACGGCACAGAGGCAUUUUUUGGGGACGGGACAAGGAGAGGAGUGAGAGGGAAAGGUGGGCAAGCUGAGCACUGCGCCUCCUUCUCUGCCUCCCUCUGCCCGCGUCUCCCUCUCCCCCACGUUAGCAUGCACCUCCGACCCCCGGUGAUCAAACAUCGGCUGGCUAAGCCCUCCUUCAUCGCUUUAUCUGCUGCUGUUUAAUUUCGCCGCCGCAUGGGUCUGAGAGUUUAACCACAGGCGUCGAUACGUAGCAGGAAAAAAACCUAAUAACAGCAAAACGGAAAAACAAUAUGAGUAAUAAAGCAAAAAUCGAAUAACCGCACCGCGCGUCUCGGGUCUGCACAUGUGGGGAAAUAGAGACCUAUUUGUUUCCGUCUGCAGCCUUUUUUUUUAGGGCAUUGUUUUAGUUUUGGGGAGACAAUACAUUACGGUGGGGGCCAUUUAUCUUCUGCGGCAUUGUGGGAGAGAUUGUGGGAGAGGAAGAAGGGGCAGGCGUGCGAAUGCGUGCGGAGGAGAGCGAGGAAGAAGACAGCAGCAGUGCGAGGCCCUGGAGCACAAACAGAGCGUGCACCAUUCCCUACUCCUCCCUGCUGAUCGAUCGCUCACUGACACUGUGUUCUCUUCUAUUGUGUUUUCUUAGGAACUUGCAAAAUUAACUUCCAUCUGCAGGGGAUGGGGGGGGGGGGGGGCAGUUGGGCUGGGGCUGAUUUAGAGGCAGCAUUAGUGGUAGUCACACCUCUGUCACCCUGCCCGCCAUCUUUAAUCUCUCUUUCUGUCUGCCGGGGUGAAAAGCUUUAGUUGUCGUGGCAACCCUCCCUUGUAUCCCUCCACCUUCCUGGGGCUCAGAGUGUUUACCGGAGGCCCCCCUCGUACCUUAAACGAACGCCGCCUUUGAUAUGAUACAUGAAAGAGGAGAGCACUCGCUGGAGGAAGGCACCACCGUGCCAGGGAAAGUGCAGAGAUGGGACUGAGAGGAACAGGCAGUGGGUUAACUGGGAAGGAGGAUCGAUCGUGCUGUCGGGUCUGCUGAACCUCGUUUAUGACGACCGCUGUAAUUUUUAAUUGUUAUUGCGGUCAUUUGUCGUCUGGUGACAUCUGUAUGUGCCAGGAGCUUGACAGUGACAGUCAGUGGUGAAGGAGGGACCUUGAUGGCAUUGAUUUAUAUUAGAAUAUUUUAGAAAUCAUUAUUAGUGAGCUAAGAAGUCAUGCGUUAAAUAAACAUGCACUGCGAGG